CACGGAUCGAACGGUUGCCAAAAUGAAUAACAUGAAUGGUAUGGUAAACCCCAUCACUCACAUUGAACAUGUACGUUUUAGUAUCGCGCCUUUAUCACAAGGUGAUGAGGGUUUCGUUUCUGUAGGUAUUAUUUUGUUAAUUAUGUUGCUAAACUUGUUCUUCUCUUAAAAUAAUGUCGAAUGUAAUGGAAAGAGAAAAUCCAACUGGUCAGUCGGAUGUACCCGAAAUGCGAUGAAGUAUUAGGGUUUAUUCACAGAACGCAAAUGGGUUAACCCAUUUCUUCAAAGUUGUAGAAAAUAUUGGAAAAAAACGCGAAAUUUUGUGGUUUUUUGAAAAAAUAUAAACAAGUUUCCACAAAGUAUUAUAAGAUUCUGGGGAAAUUUUGGGUGUUUUGUGCCAUUUCCCCAAAAUUUUCUGCAGCGGCUUCAGUCAAAACAGAUAAAAUUCUACCCAUAAUAGGGAGGUUGGGAUCUCAUAGGGUAUAUGAAUAAAAGUAGGAAGUCAAGGCGGAAAUCAUUCCCUUCAAGCGAUUAUGUACAUUCAGAACAUAAGAUCACAAUAUGUACUAUAAAUGAAUGAACUGACGUUAAUUCCCAAAAGUACGUUCGUUUUGAAAUUUGACGUGAGCUCUAGUAACCUCUAUGCAACGUAAGAUUCGUAACUAACUACAAUCCCAUCGAUUACUGAAGGGUUCAACUGAACAGUGGGAACAGGUCAUGCAUACUUUGUACAGCAAUCCCCGAUCGUUGCUGCUACAUUGACGUGGUGGUCGGGUUUGUCUAUCGUGAUGAACCAAUCGAGAUAUACUACCUGGAACAAUCGUUCCUCAAGGCCCUACCAUGCGAGACAGGUCACUAACUUCUAGUCUGAGCCAUGUUGGUAGAUGCAGAUUACUUGGUUGGGGUCCGCGUGACUGUCUUAACCAAUGGCUGAAGACUCUUGGUGACAUGGCUCGGAAUCGAUCACAAUGGCGUCGGUGUAUACACUCUCUGUCUUCCCUUAAGCUAUGAAACUAAAAUCGCUUCAUAUCUUUCUUUCUACGAACUAAUUCUUUCUUCCUGUAAUAUGUCCUUAUAUGCAAUCUUUGUUUUAUAUAUUACUACCACUGAAUUAACCACUUAAGUGGUUAUGAAUCCGGUGUUCAUCUUAUUGUGUUAAUGAGGUAUGGCAACUUGGACCGACGCAUAUAUGUGCCUGGUCCUACGUUGUAGCUGACUGACCGUACAUUAAUCUAUUGACUGAAAUACAACCACAGGUGCACUAAGUAACAUUUCACAUAGUUUAUACUACUUUUGGUUAAUUUUGUGUACCCUAUGUCUUACAUCAUGCAAGUAAGGGUGGUAUGCUGAAUCCGUCUUCUUUCUUAUAUCUCUCACCAAAUUAAUAAUUAGUCGAGAACGCAAAACAUCUGACCAACAAUGUUAUCCAUGCUUGUUAUCCACUACAAAUCCUUCCGCAAAAUCGGUAAAUCCUAAUACCGAUCUUUCUUUUUGUUCCAUCUUAUGUAUAUUGAGUGGUUAGUUGCUGUGACAAAAUGUAAACCAAUAAUAGUUCAGUUUUUCAAGAAUCUGCUCCAUGCUUACUUCUUGACACGCCUCCAACUUAUGUAGUCAGUUCGAUUAUUCGCUCAUGUACGACAUCACUUUGGUGUUUGUCUGCAUCAAAAAUAUAAUACAAGUACAGAAAAUAAAUAUCGAUAUAGCCUACUUGUUUGACGUAGUCUAUAUUAUAUUUGACUGUGGAUUCAAUAGGCUAAGCGGUGAUACGAUUUCAAUCUUGGAAGGAUUGAAUGCUAAUAGUUUACUACAUAUAUACUUACUCAACGAUAGGUGAGUUGUCUGUGGAAAUAUUGACGCUCGGAUACUGAACUGGACAGAAACCAGGAUCCGUUUUUAUAGCUUCUAAUUCCUCGGAGGUUUAUACCUACUCGAUCUCUAUUUUCUUUGGUUCUCUUGCAAUUUCUUUUUUGGAUGCAACCAUGAGUUUACCCACUUCACCUAUUCGAAUGAUACGGUAGUGUAUCGUCCUGGUCCAUAUUUUUCGUAAGAUAAUGAUGGUAAAUCAGUUGAUGAGGUUGUUAAUCUUCAUCGACUGAGGUGGUUGGGCCACGUGUUACGUAUGCCUGAACACCGAUUACCACGACGUGCAAUGCUAACCGGUGUUCGGGAUGGUUGGAAGAAAGUAAGGGGCGGCCAAACCAAAACGUGGCAUCAGUGCUUGAAGUCGCUAACCUCUAGUCUGAGCCAUGUUGGUAGAUUCAGACUACUUGGUUGGGGUCCGCGUGACUAUCGUAACCAAUGGUUUGAGACUCUGGGUGACAUGGCGCGGAAUCGAUCACAAUGGCGUAGGUGUAUACACUCUCUGUCUUUCCUUAAACGAAGAGAUUACAAUUGCUUCAUAUCUUUCCUUCUACUAACUAAUUCUUUCUUCCUAUACUAUAUCCUUAUAUGCAAUCUUUCUCCUAUAUAUUACCACCUUUGACCUAACCACUCCUAUGAAUCCGGUGUUCAUCUUGCUGUGCUAAUGAGGUAUGGCGACCUGGACCGAUGCACAUAUGUCCCUGGUCCUACGUUGUAGCUGACUGAAUGACUGACUAAUGAAGAAGAACAGCCUGAACCGAAAGGAUGGUAUUCAACUAGCGACCACCUGGCAGAUUUCCUUUUGACAAGUAAUUUCAACCUUCUCUUUAUUCAACCUGUUUAUUUCACAUGCAUCGCUAUUUUUAAAUGAAUUCAAUGAGUUUUUAGCAAUACAAUUAUGUAUUUGUUUGAUUCUUAAAUUUGACAUGCACAUCGAUGAUUCGGACAGUGUACAAGCGAUUGUCUGAUGAAAUCCAGUCUAUGAGAGCCUGUUCCGCUUCUGAACUUCGUGCCAUACCUAUACCAAUGAGGUCACGAGGGAUGGUAGUCGAAGUCCCCAGAUACAUGGAGGGCAAAUCGUCCCGUUUCUCCGUAUUGACUGUCCGAGGUCAAGUGGGUGACCACACCUUGAUAUACGGCACACAUUGACGGUGCUGGAUACUACAAUCCUAUACUAGCUACGUAAGUCUUUUGGCUUGUUUGACAUACGGUCCGAAAGUUGAGUGUUGUCAAGAGACCAGGAGUAACAUUUUAUGGGCUCAGAUAGUUAGUGCACGGGAUAAAGUCAUAUGUGAAGGGUUAGUGGUUGAGUUGAAAAAAUUUCAUCCGACGAAGACUUGAUAGUGGACAAGAGGAUCUCUAGUGCUGUUACAGGUAUGAAGGUAGUUGUCACUUGGGAAUCAGUGUCAUCUUAUUCACUCACAGUACAUACUGUGGUUUUAUUUUCUUCGUGUACAAUCCCUUGCUAUUAUUGAUUCACGUCUUGAUUUUCUAUUUUUGUUUCAGAAUACUUUAGACAUAACUGAGUCCAAUUAAUAUUAAUUCGACGGAAAAAUCUUAUUAUUCACUAUUCUCGUCUCCAAACUGAUAUUUGUAAAUAUACAUAAAGGUCUCUUUACUGUAAAAAUUCAUUUUGUUCUAAUAAACAUUGCAGCUGAUAAUACGCCUGUCUUUUCAAUGGGGCUAUCUCAGUAUUAACCCGAAAUUUUGUCCGUUAUGUCUCGAUGUUGGGAGCUUGGGUCUGUGUUUAAAUAUGUUAUUAGUUUUAAAAAUUAUUCUAGUGCAUGCCUAUAAAGUGGAACAACUGUUUGAUUUAUAUUAUGUUGAAAUUAAUCAUAUUUGUUUGAUGUUAGGCAUCGUCAUCGUAUAAGCCGGAAAUCGUCAUUUCGUACAAGAUUACAGGUAUAUCUUGCUGAGGAGCGUCCGAUUGCACAGAGCCUAGGUCGAGGGUACCCUAUCGACUAUAUCCAACCGCCACCUUACAUCUCAACAUAGUGCACACGAUGUCGAGUCACCUAGACUAGUGGGCACAUUGCUGCUUAAUCGAUAUAACUUGAUCUUUACUAAGGAUCUGACAUACAUGACGUUGGUCACUAUCCAGUCAGUUGUAAAUACACCUCAGUUCUGCAGGAGGUCAGUCGCGGUUCUAACAGCUCAGUAGUAAUGUCUUUGACUCCCAACCACCACCUCACAUUGAUAGUUAUAGCAUUCCGAGUAACAGUGAUGUUUACACCACCGAGCCCCCAUAUACCCUGGUACGGCCGAGGGUGGGGAGAGUCAGCUCUCCCUCUCGAAAUGCUCUCACAUGGCCACGUGUAUACAGCCACUGAAAGAGAAGUUCUACUCACUACCUUCUCGCGGCGGGGGUGCUUUUUCACGAAAUUGAGAGGACGAAAAGUGGAUAUCCGGCGCUUUAACCGGGUUGGUGGAUAUAGAGGAUCUACCUAGGGGAGUUGGAAAUCUCUGAUUCCAAACCGAUAGUGCACAUGGGCUGCAGUAUCCUGAGAGAACAAAUGGCGUAUGAACCAAUUAUUGGUCAGCGGCUACCAUGGGACUGCAUCUCCUUACGUUGCUCCACUGCCUUGUGGAUCAGACCUUUAGGUUGAAGGCUCCAGGUGUAGCCCUCUAAGAAAACCACCUUCUUCGGUCUAGGCACCUGGGCAGUAUCACAGCCCUCACACAUAUCAAAUGAGAUUGUGUGGCGCAUAUGUAUUCGGUGCUCCUUUGUACCAAUAUUUAUGUUCAAAUAAAUAAAACCACCGAGAAGUUAAUCUGCAGCUGAUAGACGCACAAGUUUCUGUUGUAGUACAUUAGUGGGUGAAUAUUUUCCAUCCAAGAUUAUUAAACAAGAAUACGCUUCACAAGAACUAACUGUCUACACUAAGCUCUAUAGUCCUAAUAGGGCGAUAUCUGCUGGUCAUAAAGCAGGGGUUCCUUUUAGUUUUGAUUUCAAAUGUCUUACAUACUGUUCAGCAGUCAGCUCUUUUUUGUUUCGUAGAUAUAGAAAGUAGCUACCAAAUCCAGACAACUGAUUACCAUUCAUAUCUAAGUAUCAAUCACUUGGUUUUGUAUUAAAUAUACCAUCUGAAAGGUGAAAGUAAUGUGACAAUAGAUUAGUACGUUUGAAAUUAAAUAAGAUUUGGAUUCACGAUCUAUCAGAUUUUGGCAUUUACUGUUGUCGAAAAUAUUCGAUAACACUGAAUUGAUUUGCAUGUAGAGUUCAGCAACAAACGUUUCUAUUGUAAGAUAAUUAUCUGUUUAUUUAGCUAUCAGAGGAGAAAAUUAAAGUAAUUCUACGUGCUGGAACCCAUAAACCAUGUGAACACGAUCGGGUCAUUGUCGAUGUCUCACUUGUUGUUGAUGCCAAAGUGAUUCUCCAGAACCAGAAUAUUACUUUUGAUGUGGGGCAUGCAGAGGAUUUUGGAGUUAUGAAGGUUGUGGAUAAUAUAGUCCAAGAAAUGGGCUGUGGGGAACAGUGUGAAGUGACUCUUACAUCUGACUACACCUUCACAGAUUUGGAGAAGACAUUUUUGAAAAUCGAUGAUGCAUGUUUCCACAAAAUAUUGUUUAACAUAUAUCUCCAAGAUGUCAAAAAGCUUGCAGAGUUUUGGCAAAUGUCUGAAAGUGAAAAGUUUAUUGUUGCUGAUGUGAUGAAAUAUCGUGGUAAUAAACUUCUGAAUACUGGAUUGUUGGUUCGUGCAUUCAAUUGCUACAAAAAAGCUAUUAGAAUCCUAGAGGGAAGCAUCAGUGUGACUGACCGUAACUACACCGAUCCAACGAUGCCAGAUUAUCAGUUGUCAAAACCUAGCCCACGUCAUUUAUUAGCUAUUUGCCUAUCGAACGCAGCCCACUGCCUGUAUAAAUUUGGGACAACAUGCACUGUCAAUCCAAAGAAGUCUCGAUUCGAUUACCUUUCUGCAUGUAUCAAAUGCUGUGAGCGAGCAGUCAGUCUUGAACCAAACUAUAUAAAGGCUUGGUUCCGUAUAGCCAAAGUUCAUGCUUUAUUAGGGAACUAUGAAGAAGCGCUUACAACUGGACAAAAGUGUCUUACAUCUAUCGAUAAAAACACAUAUGACUCUAAAUGGAUUAGCGUCGAUGAACGCACAAAAGUGGAUAUCAGCAACAAGCUAAAGAAACUGAUAUCAGAAUGGCGCGCUUCAUUAGAUAGUGAAGAAAAAAUCGAAAGAUCGAUUAUUCGGGACCGAACAAUUAAAAAGUACUCAUCUUAUGGAGAUUGGUGCUAUGAUGAACUGGAUGAAAUAGAAAAAUUGCCUAUUUCAGUAUGGUCGAAUGAUCUAGCAGAGAAUAUGAUGUCUCUUCAUGAAGAGCUUGAAGCGUUUGGAGAGAAAAUGCCUGAAUUUGAGGCUUGCCGAACAAGGGGUAAAGGUCGAUUAACAACAAUUCACGAUGAAGACACCGAUGAAGACAGUUUCCAAGAAAAUGUGGCUUAAGCACCAAGUCAAUUUGACGUACUUUUAUUGGGAAAACAAAUUUAACAUUCACACGAACUAUAUAAUGUACAUUCAUAAAGUAUUAAUUUUAUACAGAAAUAAGUAAAUAAAAAUAUUAUUACACAUUUAAAAAA